UUUUUAUUUUUAUAGUGUUAAAAAUGCAAUAUCAAGAAUCAAAUUCAUCUCGGGGGAAUCACCGAACCACAAGGGUGAAGCGAAGGUCAUCAUGUUCGGACUCAUUGGAGAGGGUGGUGAAACUAGCAUCUUUAAGUGCGGUGGUGAUAUUUAGCUCGAGUAGUUGUUGCAUGUGCCAUGCAAUGAAAAUGUUGUUUUGUGAGCUCGGUGUGAACCCAACGGUGUACGAGUUGGACCAUGACCCUAAUGGGAAGUCGAUGGAGAAGGCUCUUUCCAAGCUUCUUGGAAACUCACCUGCCGUUCCGGUUGUGUUCAUAGGUGGUGAACUAAUUGGAUCGAUGGAUAGAGUUAUGGCCUCUCAUAUUAGUGGAUCUCUUGUCCCUCUUCUCAAAGAAGUGGGGGCACUCUGGCUUUAAUUUCAAAUAUUGUGACUUUUAUUGAUGCAUGGGUG